GCCAUAUCCCAGAGCCCCUAAUCCUGCAUGACCUCAUCCUCAGGCUCCCAGAUUACUCGUGGCCCCACUCUUUACCACCCCCCACCCCCUUUAGAGUGAGGCUUCUGAACUCUAGCCUCCCAACCCCUGACUCAGACCCAUCCGUGGAGCAUAUCUCUGGAUGGUACCCAGCCUCUAAACUGUCUGAGGCCUCCAGGUAACUUCUCAGUUGUGCCAGCUCCUGGGGUUCCUGGGACCACCCUUCUCCCUCACCUCCCCAAAUGCACAUGAACCCUUCUCGAUUUCCUGCUCCACUCCUCUCCCCCACCCCCACCCACCUCCCUGUAUUUCCUGUAACCCCUCUCCCUGAAGGCGGCUUCCAGUUCCGCCAGCCUCUUUCUGCCUCUCUGAGUUUCAGACUCCCCCAUUGCAUCCCCACUGUACCAAAUUACUUCCCAGUCUCCCUGCCCCUCAACUUAACUGGGGGUUUGGGGUGGGGGGUGGAACAAAGUGGCCGGGUGUGCUGGAGGAUGGCCCAAGGACUGGAACCGUGAAUAUGCAGUCAGCCAGGCAAGGACGGUGGGAGUGGGGGGACUUUUGGGGGCUCUGAGUCAGCCUGGUGACUCAGGCUCCUCCCUAGGCUCCCAACCGGCUCUGGGGACGUGCCCAAGUUUCCACCAAGAACACUGCCUCCCCUCCUCCCCUCUUGUCUUUCUUCAUCUUCUCCGGCCUGGGAAAUAAAACGAGGGGAAUCUCAAGACAAUUCUGGUUAGAAAAGGGAAGGAAAAUCCUCUCUAUCCUAGUUCAGUCUCAGGAGAAAUCUUACUUAUCCUCAGAUUUCUUGCUUGCAAGCCCAGCCUACUAGUUAACUCACACAGACUGGCAUCAGCUGCCUUUUUCCCGGCUCUUCAUCCUAUAUGGCUGGAGCGUAGACGGUGGUUCUAAGAAAACAGAAAGGAAAAGGAAUCUAAAAGUAAUAUUCUGGGGGAGACACAGAAUUCUGAGAGUUGUCACCUGGUUGGCUGAGUGGAUCCAAGAGGUGCCUUAAGCCUCCCUGCAGAAUUUCCAUCACCUACCCCCUCGCACAUCCAUAAAAUCCACGGAAAAACAAGAUGCUUGCUACCCAAAUACAGGAAUCGACUUCAAGAUCCGCACGGUGGAUAUAGAGGGGAAGAAGAUCAAAUUGCAGGUCUGGGACACGGCUGGCCAGGAGCGAUUCAAGACGAUCACCACCGCCUACUACCGCGGGGCCAUGGGCAUUAUCCUAGUGUAUGACAUCACAGAUGAGAAAUCCUUCGAGAACAUUCAGAACUGGAUGAAAAGCAUCAAAGAGAAUGCCUCUGCAGGGGUGCAGCGUCUGCUGCUGGGGAACAAGUGUGACAUGGAGGCCAAGAGGAGAGUGCGGAAGGAGCAGGCCGAUCAGCUGGCUCGGGAGCAUGGAAUUCGGUUCUUCGAGACAAGUGCCAAAUCCAGCACAAAUGUGGAUGAGGCUUUCAGCUCCCUGGCCCGGGACAUCUUGCUCAAGUCAGGAGGCCGGAGAUCGGGAAACAGCCACAGGCCCCCUGGCGCGGACCUGAGAGCUUGUGACAAGAAGAGCAGCAGCAGGUGCUCCCUCGGCUGAGGACCUGGGCCUGGACGCUGGGCCGAGGGCGGGCAGGUGGGGCUCAGGGGGUAGAGGUGGGUAGAUGGCAGAUGGCCGAGCGGGGAGCAAAUGCAGAAGAAAAGGAGGAGCGUGAGAGGAGAGAAGGUAGAAUAGAGAGGCAGGGAGAGGCGAGGAGGAGAAAGAUGGCAGGAAGUCAGAGAAGGUGAGGGGCAGGAAGGGAGGGAGGAGGGAAGCAAGGGCCCCGGGCGCCAGGCCCUCCCUGGACUUGUAAGGCAGACAGAAGUGUAAAUAAACAGUUGGCUCGUC